GCACCGAAACCAAAAGCAUCUCGGCUUUCCACUCGAUCUCCGCAACGGCGACGCGACCCCGCCAGCAGCCUCCAGCCGGGGUGGCAGGCAGCACGUCGGGGACGUAUAGACGGUGUCCCGUGGCCCCAGCUGUUUGAGCCCUUCAAUGCCCCAGCUACAUUGUCGUCGCCCCCACGGGACGACAGACCUCGCCGUGGUCCUGGCACCGUAGAAGGCAGUGCGUAUAGCUGGGAUCCCGGGGUGUUGCUGUCUGCCAGGAUGUUUUUACGCUGGGUGCUGUUGUCAACUCUUUUCUUUCUCUUCGUGGGAGCAGCUCCAACGAACAAAGUCCUCGCAGAAGCCAAAGACGAAUUGCUGCUCGCCGAAAGUUUACAGGCACACAAGGACGAAGAUCUGCAGAGCGCUUCCGAAAGCCCAGAAGCUGCCAAGGAUGCGAGUCAGAGUGCGGCGCCGGGCAAUGCAACUUCAUCGGUCACCGAUGAUGUUCCGCACGACGCCCAGGCUACCACACCGUCGAACGGUGGUAAAUCCAGCCAAGAGGAUGAUAACAGUACCAGUACAUAUCACCUCCUGCACCAGUUCAUGGACUAUAACGCUACCAGCUCAACAGAUGAAAGUGGCUACAAACUAGGGUACAGCGUGGACGAUGGAAAGUUGAAAAGGUUUAGGUACGAAGAGAGAACACCGGAAGGCGCCAUUGUUGGCGAGUUUGGGUACCACAAGAACGGUGUCAUCAGGGGUGUCAGGUACGCUGCUGAGCCUGGUGUUCAUCCUAAAGUCGUUUACGAGGCCCUCGUGAAAUUUUUCUCUCUCUGACAUUAUUUGUUGGCCACGAAUGUACCGAUCAAGGGGAGGACACCAUGUGAAUGUUUCAGACACCUUAGUGAAAACACGCUGCAUCUGCAGUACACGACUGCACCUGCAGUGUACCAGGACAUAUAUCUCCGAUCAACAAUAGUUCUGACGUGAUUCACUUUCAGAAGGUCCAAUAAAGUGGCUGCUGUUUUUUUA